CCUCAGCAGAAUGGUGUAUGUGAGAGGAGGAAUCACACAAUCAUGAAUAUGGUGCGAAGUGUGAUGUCAAAGAGCAGCGUGUCUAAGGAGUUUUGGCCAGAAGCUGUUAAUUGGAGUGUUCAUAUCUUGAACAGAAGUCCCACAUCUCCACUUCCAGAUUUGAGGCCAGAAGGGGCUUGGAGUGGACGUAGACCUGUUGUUGAUUACUUUAGAAUUUUUGGGUGCAUAGCAUAUGCACAUGUGUCAGAUCAAAAAAGGAGUAAGCUUGAUGACAAAGGGGAAAAGUGUAUUUUCCUUGGUGUUAGUGAUCAGUCCAAAGCUUAUAGAUUAUACAAUCCUUUAACCAAGAAGAUCAUCAUUAGCCGUGAUAACUCAGAAGGUCAAACACAACAGACUGGAGGUUUAACUUCAGCAAAUCUCGAGGUUUCAAAACAGACAGCUGAAGAAAGUUUGCCUACAGAAGUAGAGCUCAAUACUGAAGGAAGUCUGCCAACAACACCAGAACUGGAAUCUGGAACUAGUUCUAGACCUCAACGCAAAAAGAGAAGACCAGCAUGGUUGGAAGAUUAUGAGGUAACAGAUCUACCUCAAGAUGAUGUUCUAAUUAAUCAUUUUGCCCUAUUUGUAGAUUGUGAUCCAUUGACAUAUGAAGAAGUUGUUAAAGAAGAAAAGUGGCAAAAAACCAUGGCAGAAGAAAUUGGUUCUAUUGAAAGGAACCAGACUUGGGAGUUGACAGAUCUUCCAGAAGGGCACAAAACAAUUGGUGUUAAGUGGAUCUACAAGACAAAGCUCAAAGAGAAUGGGAUAGUUGACAAAUUCAAAGCUCGCUUGAACUCAUGGUCGAUCUACCAGCUUGAUGUGAAAUCUGCCUUCUUGCAUGGAAAUCUACAAGAACAAGUAUUUAUUGAUCAACCUCUUGGUUAUGUAAAAUCUGGAUCUAAGCAUAAGGAAGUUCUUGAUAGAUUUCAAAUGAAGAACUGCAAUUCUGUCACUACACCAGUUGAUAAAGGUGUAAAACUCGUGAAAGAUCUAGGAGGCAGAUUUGUGGACAGCAAACAGUAUACGCAGAUUGUUGGAAGUCUGAUGUAUUUGACAACAACAAGACCAGAUAUAAUGCAUGGCAUAAGUUUGAUUAGCGGAUAUAUGGAGCAUCCAAAGGAGUUGCACUUGAAGACUGUUAAAAGAAUUCUCAGGUAUUUAUGUGGAACUACAGAUUUUGGAUUAUUGUACAAGAAGGGUGACCAGACAGAUCUCGCAAGUUUUACAGACAGUGAUUAUGCUGGAGAUCUGGAUGACAAAAAAAGCACUUCUGGGUUUGUUUUUAUGUUGGGAUCUGGUGCAAUUUCAUGGUCUUCAAAGAAGCAGCCCAUUGUCACUUUGUCCACAAUAGAAGCGGAGUACAUGGCAGCAACUUCUUGUGCUUGUCAAGCCAUUUGGUUGAGAAGAAUUAUGGAAGAACUUGAGUUGAAUCAACAUGAGGCCACUUCAAUUUAUUGUGAUAAUAGUUCAGCCAUCAAGCUUUCUAGAAAUCCAGUUUUGCAUGGGAGAAGCAAGCAUAUACAUGUGAGGUAUCAUUUCUUGCGCAACUUGGUAGUAGAUGGAACAUUGAGUUGAUUUAUUGCAGAACAGAAGAUCAAGUGGCUGAUAUAUUCACAAAAUCCCUCAAAGUAGCAGCUUUUUCAAAACUGAGAGAGUUACUUGGUAUUUGCAACAUGCAGAAUUCAUUUUGAGGGAGGGUCUGCAGAUUUCAGAUUGUAGAUCUGCAAAUAUGGUGUUAUCUAGAUUCCUUUAAACUAAAGUAUGAAGACUUUC